CCCGGCGGAGCAUCGGCGACACGACUGCGGCCUGGGCAGCAACUCUGACCGUCCGUCGUCAUCGCGCGCUGGCCAACGACCGCCCGUCAGAUUCCGCCGCAGUACAUCUUUUCUCACACGCUCGUCCACACCUUUUGCGCCAAUUGUCCUGUCCAUUGAGGUGGGAGGGUCUCGCAACAAACACACAGCGGAACGCGCAGAGCUGGCGGAGCGGAAACAGCGGGCCCACUAGCGGGCGGACUCCACCACCCACACCGCGAACAUGGGCGUCACGAAACGCGCCGGCCGCAAAAAGGAUGCGCCUGUCGCAGCGCCUGCAGCAGGAGGAGCACCACAGAUUCGCAAGGCAGCCUACGAGACGGGCAAGAAGAAGGAAGUUGGCGUGUCAGAUCUCACGCUGAUUAGCAAAAUCUCCAACGAAGCCAUCAACGACAACCUCAAGAAGCGAUUCGAGAAUGCCGAAAUCUACACAUAUAUCGGCCACGUGCUGGUCUCGGUCAAUCCAUUUCGCGACCUGGGCAUUUACACCGAUCAGGUGUUGCACAGCUACCAGGGCAAGAACCGUCUGGAGAUGCCCCCACACGUCUUUGCUAUUGCAGAGAGCGCGUACUACAACAUGAAAGGAUACCAUGAGAACCAAUGUGUCAUUAUUUCGGGCGAAUCAGGAGCAGGAAAGACUGAGGCUGCGAAGCGUAUAAUGCAGUACAUUGCAAAUGUGUCGGGAGGCAGCAAUUCGUCGAUCCAGGAGAUCAAGGACAUGGUGCUGGCCACCAACCCUCUUCUCGAGUCUUUUGGGAAUGCGAAGACGCUGCGAAACAACAAUUCUUCGCGAUUCGGCAAGUACUUGGAAAUUCAGUUUAACCAGCAGGGCGAACCGGUCGGUGCGAAUAUCAACAACUAUCUCCUCGAGAAGACUCGCGUGGUCGGGCAGAUUCGAGACGAGCGCAACUUCCACAUCUUCUACCAAUUUACGAAAGCGGCGAGCCAGGAGCAUCGAACGAACUUUGGAGUACAGCAGCCGACGACAUAUACAUAUACCAGCAAGAGCAAGUGUUACGAUGUGCCGGGCAUCGAUGAUGUGGCAGAUAUGCAGGACACUCUGAACGCAAUGAAGGUCAUUGGAAUGAGCAAGGCAGAAAUCGACAAUGUGUUCAGGAUGCUCGCCGCCAUUCUGUGGAUUGGCAACAUUUCCUUCCGAGAGAACAAGGAAGGCAAUGCCGAGAUCGCUGAUGCCAGCGUAAUCGACUUUGUGGCAUAUCUGCUCGAAGUGGACGCUCAGCAUGUGAACAAAGCCAUGGAGGUCCGGAUCAUUGAAACGAGCAGAGGCAUGCGACGAGGGUCCGUCUACGAAUCUCCCAUGAACAUCCCACAGGCUACUGCAGUGCGAGAUGCUCUGAGCAAAGCGAUCUACAACAACAUGUUUGAUUGGAUCGUGCAGCGUGUGAACCAAUCCUUGAAAGCACGAGGCGCAGUUGCGCAGAGCAUAGGUAUUUUGGACAUUUAUGGGUUCGAGAUUUUUGAGAAGAACUCCUUCGAGCAGCUCUGCAUCAAUUACGUGAACGAGAAGCUGCAGCAGAUUUUCAUUCAGUUGACGCUGAAGGCUGAGCAGGAAGAGUACGAACGAGAGCAGAUUCAGUGGACGCCAAUCAAGUACUUUGACAACAAGGUCGUAUGCGAGCUGAUCGAGGAGAAAAGACCUCCAGGAGUCUUUGCUGCGCUGAACGAUGCCUGCGCCACGGCCCACGCCGAUCCAGGCGCGGCUGAUCAGACCUUCGUCCAGCGACUCAACGCGCUCUCAGGCAACCCCAACUUCGCGCCAAGACAAGGGCAGUUUGUCAUCAAACACUAUGCAGGUGACGUGAACUACGCGGUUGAGGGCAUGACAGACAAGAACAAGGACCAGCUGUUGAAGGAUCUCCUCAAUCUCGUCGGCCAAAGUUCGAACAACUUCAUUCACACAUUGUUCCCGCACGAAGUCGACCAGGAUAACAGAAGGCGGCCACCUACUGCAGGCGAUAAGAUCAAAGCCUCAGCAAAUGACCUCGUUGCAACUCUGAUGAAGUGCACGCCGAGCUACAUUCGAACGAUCAAGCCAAAUGAGAACAAGAGCCCGACCGAGUACAACAAUCAGAACGUCAUGCACCAGAUCAAAUAUCUCGGACUGCAGGAGAACGUCCGCAUCCGCAGAGCUGGAUUUGCCUAUCGACAAACGUUCGACAAGUUCGUAGAGCGCUUCUACCUGCUCUCACCGAAAUGCAGUUAUGCUGGUGAGUACACCUGGACGGGUGAUGCGAAGUCUGGCGUCAGACAAAUUCUCAAGGACACUUCUAUACCGGCGGAGGAAUGGCAGAUGGGUGUGACAAAAGCGUUCAUCAAAACGCCGGAAACCCUUUUUGCACUUGAGACUAUGCGCGACAAGUAUUGGCACAACAUGGCAAUUCGUAUUCAAAGGGCUUGGAGAAAUUACCUACGAUAUCGCAUUGAAUGCGCGACCAGGAUUCAGCGCUUCUGGCGCAAGAAGUCUGGUGGUGAGCCAUUCCAAAAACUGCGGGAUGAGGGACACCAAGUACUUGGAGGCAGGAAAGAACGAAGGAGGUUCUCUCUCAUCGGCUACAGACGCUUUCUGGGCGACUACCUUGGAAUCGACAACAAGGGUGGCAGCGGAGAAGUGCUGCGUAGCAGUGCAGGCAUAGGCGGCGGUGAACAGACGUUCUUCUCAUGCAGAGCUCAGCUUCUGGUGUCCAAACUUGGCCGAUCGAGUAAACCGGAGCCCCGUUUUCUCGUACUCACCUCGAAAGCUGUUUACAUCGUCAAGCAAGCUCUUGUCAACAAGCAGGUGCAGAUCGUGGCAGAGCACACCAUUCCCGUUGGCGCAAUCAAGUUCGUGAGCACGAGCUCGUUGAAGGAUGAUUGGUUCUCACUGGGCGUUGGAAGCCCUCAAGAGCCCGACCCACUUCUCAACUGUAUCUUCAAGACCGAGUUCUUCACGCAGUUGAGACAGGUGACGCGUGGAGCAGCUCAGCUUCAGAUUGGUGAAACGAUCAGCUAUAACAAGAAACCCGGGAAACCAGCCACUAUCAAAUGUGUUCGGGAUCCGCAAGUGCCUCGCGACGACGUCUACAAGAGUGGCGAGAUUCAUACCGGGCCCGGCGAACCUCCAAAUGCUGUGUCGAAGAAAACACCGAAAGGCAAGCCCGUGCCUGCGAAGGCCAUCACGAAGGGAGGACUGCUCAAAAAGAGUACUGGAGGCAAGCUGUCGCAACAAGCCGCGCAAAGGACUCAUCGACCUGUUCCCGCCACUCAGCCACUGCCUGGCGCUUCCGCUCGGCCUACAGAACGCAUCGUACCCCAGCCAGCGCCAGUUGCUCAACCACAGCCACGUCCCGCAGCAGCUUCUCAGUCUGUACCCGUGGUACCAUCAAGGCCGCGGCCAGCUGCUGUACCUAAGCCAGCUGUUCAGUCACAACCAGAACCCGCUACAGUCGCUCAGCCUGUGGCCAGAACAUCGAAUGGAGGUUCGAGCAAUGAUACGAACGGCAGCUCAUCUUCGAACACAUACAAAGCAAUGUACAACCAUGUUGCAGGAACCAAGGAUGAAGUCAGCUUGACUGAGGGCGAACUUGUCACGGUAACUUCGCAAGUCGAAAGUGGCUGGUCGUGGGCGAAGAAGAGUGACAACACGGCGGGUUGGGCUCCUACCCUUUAUCUCAAGCAGGAAGAAGUGAGAAAGGCGCCGCCUCCUCCACCUAUGAGACCCGCUGGCAGACCGACUGGCAAACCCGGUCCUCCAGCGCCGCCCACGAAGAGGAACACGCCCGCAGCUACAGAUACGCCUAGAGACAGUGGGUACAGCACAGCCAACGGAAGUGGAGGUGGAGGAAGUCUGGCUGGCGGGUUGGCGGCUGCGUUGAAAGCGAGACAGCAGGCCAUGAAUCGACCCGAUGGGCGAGAUGAUGAUUGGUAGUUUAUAGAUUUUUUACACCUGAUAAUCAAAAUCGCGAGCGAAGAGUGGGCGAUUCCUGAGUUCAAGUGCCAUUUUGUAUUGCUCGUGAAACCUCCCGCAUCCCACGUCAGAGCCUCGAAUCGGAUGGCAGUGUCUUGCUGCUUAGUCUAUUUUCCACCGUCUUCAAUAGCUCGAACCAGCUCAAGGUGCACACCUACGAACUUGUCCGCGACCUUCCCGCUGUUUCAAUCUCAGUCAGAGGCUAGGUGAUCUCCAGCCUCCGCGCUAAAUUCUUGCGAGCGCGGCUCUCUUCGUCAAAAUUUUGCGACGAUAGUUGUGGCUUUAUAUUUG